AUAAAAUUUCGCUGAUGGCUUUUUGUUUUGGUGCGUGAGCAGCUCGCACGAGUGACAAAGAGGGGAUAGAGGAAUCAUUUUAAAUUGACUUCGUUGAUGUAUACAAUAUUUUUACUAAAGCUAAUUAUCACGGUUUCGUCAUGCCGUCUUCAGGAUGUCUAUCGGCAAGUUUUAAUACGAAAGAUCGUAGUAAGGUCGUCGACGACGCCAACAAAAACUACAAAGUCGAGAAAUUUAAUGUCUUUUGCCAGUACGUAUAAACCUAGUUGUGCCUUCAAUGACUUGGCUUCGCUGGGUGCCUUCAUCGAAGGUGCAGCUUCAACAAGCCGAACAGCGCGUUCUUGCAUGCCGAGAUCUGCUUCUUCGACACAAAAUAGGAGCACCCAUUAAAGUGACCGCAAAGCCAUACGAAAUCAUCGAUGUGGACAUUGGAUGUUUAGGCGAUAUCAGGCAUUGCAAAAUACACACCAUUAAACAGGUACCUUCGUCGAGUAAUCCUCCGGGACUUCCUUUGCUGUUAGUACAUGGUUUUGGCUGCGGGGGAGCGAUUUUCGCUCCAAAUCUCGAUGCUCUCUCCGAAACACGCGAUGUCUAUGCGAUCGAUAUGCUCGGCUUCGGGCAAAGUUCGCGAGCAUCGCUUAGCAACAACGCACUUGAGGCAGAAAUUCAAAUGGUUCAUUCCAUCGAGAUGUGGCGUAGCCGAGUGAAACUUGAUCAGUUUAUUUUACUCGGUCAUUCUCUUGGGGGAUUUGUCUCAUCGGCGUAUGCCUUGCGCUAUUCAUCGAGAGUGCAUCACCUGAUUCUUGAAGACCCCUGGGGUUUUGCUGAAUUUGACCCCACCCGAAAGAACCGACUUCCACUUUGGGGACGGGCUAUCACGAACACGCUAGAGUACAUUAAUGUGUUGUCAGCUAUUCGAGCCGCGGGGCCUGCAGGUUUUGGUAUGAUGAAGAAGAUUCUUAACGCUCGAUCUUACUACAUGAGUGGGUACCUUUCCCACAUGCCGGACACCAUACCGGAGUAUCUCUAUCAUUGCAACGUUCGACGACCUACAGGUGAAGAGUUCUUUCGUCACAUAAGUCACAAAUUUGGUUGGACGCGUCACCCCAUGGGGAAACGUAUGGUCGAAGAUUUGCCGAUCUCAGUCGGGAUCACGUUCAUCUUUGGGACUCGGACCUUCAUCACAAGAAAACCAAGCAUUAUUCUGCAGAACAAACGCGGAGAGGACAACGUUGUCAUAAAUGUAAUCGACGACUGUGGGCACACUAUUCACCUUGAAAGACCUCAAGAAUUCAACGAUAUAGUUCGCAAAACUUUAGCUAGAGUUGAUCCUGUAUCUUAGCUAGAAAUAAACCAAAAUUAAACAAUUGUAUACGAAUUCACGUACGUAACAAAUAUGCCUAAUAUAUAUCUGUAUAAUAAUAUUAAAUGUAUUUACGUAUAGUAUAUUUAUAUACGUAAGAUGUUAAACAAUUGGAAAAAAAUAUGAUGUCUGUCCUUUUACACGGCUGGCACAUGUACGUAAACGAAAUAUAACCCACCUGGACUAGUAGAGAAACAGUAGGAGUAUCAGGUGUGACCACUGUUGAUCUGGUCACCAACAACAUGUUAUAUCUGCCUAUCAAGGACAGUAGAAAACGUGAUAUGAAUCUCUUUCGAGAAACGGAUGUUUUCCGUGUUGAGGAACUGUGUACUUCUGGAACCGAAUACUUUCUGGAAUUUUUUGAAAAAGUUUGUUAAACGUGCUCUUUCGGCCCCCAUUUCAGUUCGUUUAGUAAACAUGAACUGAAAGCGACAGUACUAUAAUCGACAUGACGUAUAAGCCGUCGUUAUCUUAUCAUUACUUGUAAGGUUCCUUUUACCAUUGAUAACAAGGUCGGGAAGUCGACCGCAUAAUUAAAAAAUCUCCCUUGUGAAAAAGAAAAAGAACAACAGAAAGUUGAUCUAUACUGGACACACACUAACAGAAGUCUAAAAGCUUUUAAUGCAUGUUCGUUUUUUUUACUAUAUAUUUUAUUAUAUAUGUAUAAUUUAUUAAAAGGUGGCAACCGUAUCGAAAAAAAAUUC